GGAAACAUAUUUCUUUUUUAGUAUAUAAAGAGGUCAAUGAAAGGUCUGGGUUGGACAGUCGAAUCGGAUAUAUUUGAAGAUUACACACCCAUUGGCAAACUGGAGUUUGAAAACAUAAUAGCAAAAUUAAAUCCUAAUGCAAAAAGAUAUCUGACGCUAGCUUGUCAUUUUGAUUCCAAGUAUACGAGAGAGAGGGAUUUUAUUGGAGCUACAGACAGUGCUGUGCCAUGCGCUCAAUUAAUUAAUUUGGCUACUAUUAUGAAUAAAUAUUUGACUAAACAACAGGAUAUUAGCUUGAUGUUUAUCUUUUUCGAUGGGGAAGAAGCGUUUAAAGAAUGGGGUCCAAAUGAUUCGAUUUACGGUGCUAAACACUUAGCUAAAAAAUGGGAUAAUAAAAUAAUUAAUGAUGAAGGAAAUCAUUUCUCUGAAUUGGAUAGAAUGGACAUGUUGGUCCUCCUUGACUUGCUAGGCGCACCUAAUCCGGCUUUUUACAAUUACUUUAAAAACACCGAGAAAUGGCACUCCUUAUUACUUAGCACCGAAAACAAAUUAGCUCAAAUGAGAAAAUUUGAAUCGUAUUCAUAUAACAAACCGGAACAGAGAUAUUUUCAAUCGUACUCAUUCAAUCCGCAUAUUGAAGAUGACCAUAUCCCCUUUUUGAAGAGAGGUGUGCCCAUUUUGCAUAUAAUACCGAUCUCUUUCCCGCCCUUCUGGCACAAAUCUGGCCCUUUUAGUGACAAUCGACACAAUAUUGACUUGAAAACUACAGAGAAUAUCAAUAAGAUACUUAGGGUAUUUGUCGCUUCGUAUUUACAUUUGCCGAAUGUCUAAAUUAAGAAAUGUUAUUCCGAAGAAAUAAUUAACAACAAUUGCGCGUGUCCCAAGCAAAUGCGCAAAAAGGGCAUUUAUUAUGAUUGAACCUCGGUUUAAAAGGCUGAGAACUGAAACAAAAAAGAUUUCCAGCAAUAAAUUAUUUUUAUAAAACAAUAAUUAUGUACCAUA